CACACUUUGUAAAGGGCGGUGUGGUAAGCUGGUCCUAGUCUAAAUAUAAUAUAAAAACAGACAAAGUGCGAUUCGGGCUCCUGCACGAAGGGUACCGUACCAUUAUCUUUACGUUCAAGGUCACUUAUACGAUCAAGCAUUAAAAGUGCGAAAUGUGGACACUUUGUACGGUCUGGUAAAAAGGGUUUUCGUUCAUCAAGUGUUAUUGUGGUGGCAAGUACCUACUCAAACAACUUCAAGACCUGGAAGAUUUACAGAAUCUCUAAUAGGAUUUCCCAUAGACCCUGCAGCAAGAUUUCCUACAGAAUCUCCAAUGGAUUCAGCAUCAUCUUCAAAAACAUCUACAAGAUCUACAGCGAAACGUACAUUAGAAGACAAAUCAGAUGAAGCAUCUUCUUGUGCAAUAUGUUUAGAUAAGUUGACUAGUGCUGGUUUACAUAAACCAGUAUGUUUGAAAUGUGGUCAUAUUUUCGGAGAGCAUUGUUUAAAAAGAUGGAUUUUAACUGAAAAUGAAAAUGGUACAAGUAGUUGUCCAUUAUGUAACACAAAAGCGAUUUUAAAAGAUCUUAGAGUUUUAUAUGCUGAAAACGUCGUAACUGUUGAUCAUACAGCAGAGAUAACUGCUGUUGAACGUAAAUUGAAAGAGGCAACUCAUGCAAAACACUUAAUGGAAAUGGAAGUAGAACGGUGGAGAUCGAAUGCUGAAACAUUGGAUACCGAAGCUAAAAGAUUAAAAAGGCUACUUUAUGAUGGUCACACUGAACCUGCAGCAUGUCAACGAACAUUUACUGUAUGUAAAAACCAGAGCUGUGGAGUUAUGGCAUAUAAUAAAAAUAAUAGGAUGUUGGUGAUGUCACAGCAAUCUGAUACUACAACAUUGGAUUCGUACGUGAUCAGAAAAAUGGAUGUGCAAUUAAUGAGACUUUCUAAUGAAUACAUUUGUGCGCAUAAAAAAGAAAUCCGUGACAUGGUGUUCCACCCUCUUCAUGAUCAUCUUUUGGCAUCUGUUGGUUUGGAUAGUCAGAUCAAUCUAACAGAUUUAAAUAUUGACACAGUGGUUUCUUCUAUGAGUGUUCCUGAACCUUUGUGGUCAUGUUGUUGGGCUGGUGACAACACUCACGUGUUGGUUGUCGGUAGUCAAACGGGGUCCGUGUAUUAUGUAGACCGGAGGUGUAUGAAAAUUUUUAAUUGUGAAAAAACCCAAAAUCUUGGUUGCGUUUCACUUAAUAUACUCCCACCAUCAUCAUCUCGAUCAUUCAAAAAUGGUGGAUUUUUAAAGGCGAGAAUGGACCAUUUGUCCGUACUGGAAGAAACAGUGGACAACGACUAUUAUACGUACAGAGAAACAGAAUUACCGUUGACAGGACUCUGGAGUAGUACUUCAUAUGACUGUCAAUCUAAUCUAGUGCUAACAUCUGCUAGACCUUCUGGUCCCUUCCACACAGAUAGACAUAUUGUGUCUAAAUUUGCUAAUUUUAAUGAAGAAGGACCUGUAUUAAGUCAAGUGGUCACAUUUUAUGGUAGAGCAAAGUCAACACAAAUAUAUCGGUCGUGCUUGGUUCCAUCAAGCGGUGGAUACAACGCUGACCCACUAGUGUGUUGUUAUGAUGAAGAAUCCGGUACCAUCGAUGUAUUCAAUAUUAAUAAGAAGAAACAUGUUCAUGAUUUUAAGGUUAAUGACUGUAUUUUGGACCUGUGUCCCUUACCCGACAUAACCAUUCAAGGAAGACGUACAAUAGCUGGAUUGUCAAAAAAUACUCUUAGUAUUUUCUCUGUUUAA